AUUAUGAUAUAUAUUAUGUGAUGAAUGAUUAAAGGGACAAAGAGGACAAGGGGUGCCAAACAGAGCCUUAAGUUCCUAAUCCCAUUUCAGGGUUUGUUUGUUCAUCUAGAAAGUCAGCCACCUCUACCUCACGCCACUCGUCAUCUCAUAAUUCAUCAUUCAUUUCAUUCAUAUGUUACACUCUUUGACCCUUAUUCCCCAAGCCACCAAUCUUGGACUCAACAUUCAAAUAUUCUCUUUUUCUGUUCUUCACCUCAGAACCCUCUAGACCCAGUUAAGUCCACAACAACACACCUAUAUAUUCAAACCAAACAACCUCUGAGACAGAACCACAACAACAAUACUAAGUUUAAGUUGUUAUGGGUACUCUUGUAGGGCAUGUUGCUCCUGGUUUAGGGUUCUUGCUCAUUGGUCUCUGGCACCUCUUCAGCCACAUCAAGCUCCAUGCUCUCAACCCCACUUCCUACACUGCCCCAACAUGGUUCCCCACCUCCAAAUUCAAGUACUUGGAGCUUCUCCUCAUCAUGGCAGCUUCCAUGGCUUCCAUCUCCAUGGAACUCUUCAUAGGCCCCGAUCGCCACCAACCCUUCGACCCUGAUGGAACCAUCCCCUCCAACCACCUCCACAACUUCGAACACUCCUCCAUCUCCCUCACCUUCCUCCUCUACGCCGCCUUCGCCCUCCUCCUCGACCGCAUCCCCACCCCCUCCAAACGCGCCCUAACCCAACUCCUCGGAUCCAUCGCCUUCGCUCAGCAGCUCCUCCUCUUCCACCUCCACUCCGCAGACCACACCGGACCCGAAGGACAGUACCACUUCAUGCUACAACUCAUAAUCUUCGUCUCUUUCUCAACAGCCCUCAUGGGAAUCCCCAUGCCCAAAAGCUUCGUAAUCAGCUUCGUUCGUUCCCUCAGCAUAUUCUUUCAGGGCUUGUGGCUCAUCGUCAUGGGCUUCAUGCUGUGGACUCCAGGCCUCAUCCCCAAAGGCUGCUUCAUCAACCGUGAAGAGGGGCAUCAGGUCGUCAGAUGCCACGACCAUGAAUCUCUCCACCGCGCCGUCGCCCUCGUCAACAUUCUCUUCAGCUGGUUCAUCGUCGGAGUCACCGCUUUCGGAAUCGCGUUCUACUUAGGUUUGGUUAAGUUCUACGGCGAAAAGGUGCGGUACUUUGCAUUGGGGAACGAGGAAGAAGACAUGGACAAGGAAAGUGACGACGUGGAGUCGCAAAAGAGAAGCGUAGUUGGCAAACCCAUGAGCUUUAUUCGAGUUGGCAAAAACUUUUCGCCUCUCGACAUAGAAAGGUAGAGCAACGACGUUGAAGAUAUUCAUAAUUUGUGAUUAGUGGUUGGUUAAUACUUGAUUAGGUGUGUGUUUGUACAGUGGGAUUGGAGUGUUAGCGUUUGGUGGGGUCCUCUUGGAUUAAUUAAUUGAGGCAGCAAUAAUGUUGUUGGCUCAUGGAAACUUGUUCAUGUGGGUUUAUAGUUCUGCUUUCUGAGGAAGAGGAUUUGUUUCAAUUGUGUGUACUUGGACCAUAUCAUAGUCAUAUCACACUCAAAAACAUUAUUAAUCAACUGUGACUAAUUUUGUGCU